AUGGCACCACCCACUCCGCCGACCCGCAAUGAACUGGAAGCAUGGGCACAAGAAGCAUUCCCCGAGGACUUCGCCUUGUUCAAGGCUGAAAUCGACAAGAUAAUGACACCAACUAGCUACCCAUAUGGGUAUGACCCCGAUUACCCCGCUGGGCCAAAGCCGGAGUACCGAGACUGGGAGUGCCCAACAAAGGUAGACAGGGUCAAGUUGAACAUGGAAAAGCAUUUGAUUCUCAUCAUCGGCACGUUCAAGCGUCGUAGUCCGGGAGGGAAAAUGGACAAGCUCUUCAUCUACAUGACUCCAGGCUGGGAGCUCAAAUUCGGUCGUCAAGUGUUCGACGGCAAGUUGGCCCAGCAUUGGUACUUGUCCAAUGACCAAGCCACAACAGGCAAGGACGUCAACAUGUUCCCUUUUUGGAGGGGAAUCCAUCUUCGAGACCCUAAUUUCCAGCAUGGUAGGCUUAUCAAGGCCGUGGCGGUGUACCUUCACAUGCUUCGGGAGCUUCUUCCCGAUUCCCGCGGUCGCUUCGAAGUGAAGGAGCACUUUGAAGCAGCAGUCAAGGCCUGCGCUGAGCAUUGCCGCAAUCGAGACAGACCUCAAUUAGGAGCGCCUCCUCCAUCUCAAGUCACCACCAAGCCUGCUGCGCAAGCAGCUCCCCUUCCUUCUCAAGUGCGCGCAGAUGGCAACGGCAUGAAGAGGGGUAGAGGUGAGGAUGUAGGGCCGCAAGAGCGUACCAAGCGGGUCAAAGGACCAGAAGAUAGGGUGAAGGAGCUGGAGGAGAAGCUCAAGAUGGUCGAAGAGGCAAAUGCCAAGCAGGUGAAGGAGCUCAAAGAUAGAGUGAGCGAGGUAGAGCAGGAGAACAAGCAGCUGAAGGAGGAGGUGAGUGGUGUCAAGGCUGAGGUUGCCCGCAAGGACGACCAGCUGGCGACCAUCCAGAGCGUCUUGGGAGAUCAGUAUCGUCAGCCGUAG